UGAGUUUAACUUCAGGGGGGAGGGAGAAAGUGCAAAGCAAACUGAAUGCUGUAGUGGAGGUUUCUCUCUUCCCCCACUGGGCCCCUUGCCGACUGUUUUUAUUGAUUUCAAUCACUGGAGGCUAGCGAGCUCGCAGAAGAAACACUGUGUAAUGUGUUCUUUCCUGGCUUUCAUUAAAGAAACUCAAUGCAGUGCGGUCACGCUGCCGAGCGCGCCUGGCAACCUGCCUACACCCUGUGGUACCUCUUUCAUUGGAGGAGAUGGAGCUCGUGCCAGAUAUUGCCAGGAGGGGCCGUCAGCACCCGGAGGAGCCCACGGUGCGACAGCAGCGCAGGCGGCUGCGACGGUCUCGUACGCUCGUGAAAAUCCCUCUGUGCACUUCUGGUUCUGAGGGGCUGCGGGCAGCAGAUGAAGAGGAAGAUCUUACCCCAGAGGAAAGGAGGAAAUUGGAAAGAAAAUUGAAAAAAGAGCGCAAGAAAGAAGAGAAAAAGCUGAUGAGAGAAGCUGGAAUCUCUACUAAGAAAGCAGAGCCCAAGAAGCUGUCGGGAUCUGAGCUGGCCCUGGCCUAUUUAACCAGCUGGUCUGAAAACCCAGAAGAGUGGAAGUUUCAAAAGACGAGACAAACCUGGCUCCUCUCGCACAUGUAUGAGAAAGAGAAGGUUCCGGAUGAGUAUUUCACCAUUUUACUCGACUAUCUGCAGGGCCUUAAGGGCAGUGCACGAGACACAACUGUGCAGAAAGCUGAAGCUCUUAUGCAGGAAUUGGAUGGAUCCGAUGUAGAAGACCCAAGUGCAAUGGAGAAGUGUGAGCGCAUACGCCAAGUUCUGCAGCUGCUGUCUUGAGAGUGGUUCUGUGUCUUGAUGCUUGUCUGGCGGAGAGAAGCACUGAGUGUCAUGUGCAGAUACUGCAAAUUCAUUGUAAAGAUGUAUUUUGAUAAUGAAUCUCAAUCCUACAUUUUCUGAAUUUGUACUCUUGUUUUCAGCUAGAAAUAUUUAUCGUGUUUUGAGGUGAUGAAGUCAAAACAGAACACCGUAUAUGGUCCAUAGACAUGCUAUGUUGAUUAAAAAUAAUCUCACUGCAUAUCUUUAGAAAAAUGCACCUCUCUUUCAUGUUAUUUUUUCUCCAACUCUCCGUCUAAUUACUGUUCAAUAGGAGGAGCUUUGCAGUUCUUAAUAAGAAGAGCAGAGCAACCAACAAAAAGCCCGGAGGUUCCUUUACGAUGACAGCUUGUAGAAUUUCCAUACAGUGCAGUGCUUGCUCAGCCAGCUGUGGUCUGUCACUUUCAGCUUCAGAAGUAUGUCAUUUGGAUUUGGGAAAGAUCAUUUUCAGUCUGUUGAGCGCGGGUUGUAUAACACAGUUGCUUAUUAGUACUUCGCACUGUAAUCUGGAGAUACCAUCAGCUUUGUUAGUUUUCCUUGUGUAUUUCAAAGGUUUCAAAUGCUUCGCAGCAAUUGUUUGGAUAUUCAGAUACUGUGCAGAUGUGAACAGCUCUGAUCUUUUGACCAUAUGCAGUGAAAUCUUCUGAUUGUACCUAAACUUACCGUGUGAUGAGAAGUGCUGCACAGCAACACUUUGAGGGCAGCCUGCCAAUGUUACGUUUUCCUUUUUCUCUUGUAAUUGGUGUCCAAAAGAGUAAAUUUGCAUUCAUUUGCUUUGA